UCCCCGCCCCUCGCUCACUCCCUCCCUCUCAGCCCCGCGCAGCCUCCCGCCGCCCGAGCACCUCGCGGCUCUAUCCCGCUCCGCCCUCGGCUGCGCUCGGCUCCCGCAGGCGCUCGGCCCUGCGCCCUCGGUUCCUUCCCCGCCCGCUGGACAGGGAGAACUAAUGGCAGGGCCCACUGUCCCCAAGGUCCCCAUGCUGUUCUUGGUCCUCCUGCUGUUCCCGGAGCUCCACGAGGCAGGCACCUUCGCAUCUGGAUCCUCUGCCCAGAACCUGCCCGAAACCCCUCCCCACCUCCCCAGCUCCACACUUUGGGUGCCUCAGGCCAGCCAUCAUGGCCGAAGGGGCCUGGGCAAGAAGGACAGGGGUCCAGGCAUGCCCAGCCGGGCCCAGGAAGGGGCUGUGCUCACUGCCACUAGGCAGGCUUCGCGGAUAUCACUUGGACAGCGCCCCGCUGGCCUUCUGCAGAACAAGGAGAUGCUUCUGGGGCUGGCAUUGCCCUAUUCUGAGAAGGAGCCGCGCUCUUCCGGGUGGGAGAGGAUGAAGAGACGCGGCAGAGAGCACAAGAGGCGCAGGGACCGGCUGCGACUGCAUCGAGGCCGAGCUGCCAUCCGUGGCCCCAGCUCCCUAAUGAAGAAAGUGGAACCCUCUGAAGACCAGAUGCUGGAGGCUGCCACAGAGGAGUCCUCUACCAGCCUGGCACCCACCGUGCUCUUCCUAACCACGGCAGACGCUGCCACACCCACCACAGAAGGGUCCCGGAUCCUGCCCGUCACCUCCCUGCGGCCCCAGGCGCAGCCCAGGUCUGAUGGGGACGUGAUGCCCACACUGGACAUGGCCUUAUUUGACUGGACUGACUAUGAGGACUUAAAGCCAGAGGUGUGGCCUUCUGCAAAGAAGAAAGAGAAACACUGGAGUCACUUCACCAGUGGCGGUAACGAGACAACACCAGCUGAAGCAGAACCAUGCGACCAUCACCAGGAUUGCCUGCCAGGAACUUGCUGUGACCUCCGGGAACAUCUCUGCACGCCCCACAACCGCGGCCUCAACAACAAAUGUUUUGAUGACUGCAUGUGCAUGGAAGGGCUGCGUUGCUAUGCCAAAUUCCACCGGAACCGCAGGGUCACUCGGAGGAAGGGGCGCUGCGUGGAGCCCGAGACAGCCAAUGGCGACCAGGGGUCCUUUAUCAACGUCUAGUGCCCCGAAUGGUGCCUCCCCACCAGCUGCGGGUCUGAGCUAGGGAGGUUUGGACAAACAAGACCGCGUUAGUAACUAGCUCAGCUUGGGGCUGAGUGGGGGAACCAAUGGCUGAGGCUGCGGGUGCAGGCCCAGUACACUCACCCCCAAGCUGGAGGACAGCUUUGGCUGAGAGCAGCUGUGCCUGCCA